AGAAGAAGAAGUAGAAGUAGAAGUGGCUUAUGAUAUUGAAUCAUACAUAUAUAUCUAUGGCGAAAAGUGCCUGGCGUGUUCGCGGUAGCUCCGACUCGACGCCUCGGUUCAUAAGUAUCAUAUAGUCCUCAUCAAGAACCGCCAACAGUCUCAUAAUGUCGAAGACCAAAUUGGCAAAACACGAACGAAGGCUUGGACACGGCGUUUGAAGCUGAAUUUUUUUGUUGUCGAUUUCUGUAAAAUCUGCUUUCUUUUUCAACGGAAAUGUGAUGAAUAUAUUCACUUUUUCCCAGACGUUAGGAGGUGUAUGCCUGUUCUUCGUGUAUGGUUCAUCUGCUGUUGAUCCAGACAGAGCGUCAGUGUCAGUGACGGAGGGAGAUACAGUGACGUUACACACUGGUGUUCAAAUGAACCAACAAGACCGAAUGAUAUGGAUUUUUGGAGGCCGUCGCCUAGCCAUAAUUAAUGGAGAUAAACAUGAGCUCUGUGAAGAUAUUCAGUGUAAAGAGAGAUUCAGAGACAGACUGAAGCUGGACAGUCAGACUGGAUCUCUGACCAUCACAAACACCAGAACCACAGACUCUGGAGAAUAUAGACUGAAGAACACCACUGACAACACUGACAAUAUCUUUAGUGUUAAUGUACAUGGUGUUUCUGCUGCUGAACGAGAUGAAAUGAAGAGAAAGUCAGUGAAGGAGGGAGAAUAUGUCACUUUAGACACUCGUGUAAUAGAAAAACCAACUGAUGUGAUGAGAUGGUAUUUUAAUGACUCGCUCAUCGCUGAAAUGACUGUAGAUCAGAGUAAGAUCUGUUCAGAUGAUGAGUGUAAAGAGAGAUUCAGAGACAGACUGAAGCUGAACAAUCAGACUGGAUCUCUGACCAUCAGAGACAUCAGAAUCACAGACUCUGGAGAAUAUACACUACAGAUCAUCAGCAGCAGAUUCAGCAUCAUGAGGAGCUUCACUAUUACUGUCUCUGUGAAAGAUGUUUCAGAUUCAGGAUCGUCUUCAGUUGUUGUUGUUGCUGUUGUUGUUGUUGUUGUUCUUCUUCUUCUGCUCGUUCCUGUUGUGGUUUUCUACAAGCGCCAAUCAAUAAUGCAAUGUAUCAGGAGGCAGCGCGAGAGACAGGAGCGCCGUGAACAGAGAGAUGAUGCUCAAGCCCCUGAACAGAUUGAAACUCUAAAUCAGAGGUCUUCUAAUGGGACAUCUCAUGAGACGGAGGCUGCCGGUGAGACGGAGGCUGCUGAUCAGUUACAACUGUAACAUUAUUCUUUUAUUGAAAGGGAAAAUUAAGAGAAGAUGGGACAUUAGAGAAGAGCAUCAGCAGAAAUUCUCAUUGUUCAUAGAAACUGUCACAAUAUCAAGGUGGCAGUGUCAUUAAUAUUAGGGAUGCACCGGUUGACCAGCCAUAAAUCGGAACCGGCAGGUUUUUGCUUAAAAUACGUGAUUGGCAGUCGGACGGUUUUUGGUCUUUUUUCGGCCAGUUUUUCCGGAAGUGGUCCCACUUGAACCUACUACAUUGUAAUCGUUCGGUAUGUCAUUAUGGAAGUAUUUUGAAAUCUGUGCG